AUGAGCAAUGCCCACAACCAUCGGCCUGGGCAUGGGCCUGAGCAUCUGCCAACCAUCCCGGACGAGCAGACACCCUUGAUUGGAAAUACCAGGUCGUCCUAUUUGGAGCCCUACGAUGAAUCGGCAGACGGAGAAGACGAGGAGAUCGACCCCGACGACUUUGACUUACUGCUUACUCGCUCCUCAUCUUAUACGACCGGCCUGCUGGGCCCAGAGACCAACGAGACCCCGCUUCUGAGAGGGGACCGCAAAUACAGCACCAACAGCAGGAUAGGCCAUGCAACGACUUUUUCCAGCCGGCGGCCAUCCGUGACAAGCGAAGCCAUCGAGGAUGAAGUGGCCUCUGAGCUGGACAGAGCCGACCAUGGCACAGACAAGCCGACGCUCUUCCUGGGAGGCAUUUCUCGCGGCCGAUUCUGGUGGAUCUUCGGCAACGUCCUGGCUCUCCACUUCGUUUCUUGCUUCGACGGGACCAUCAUGGCCUCGUCGCACCCGGUCAUCACGUCUUACUUCCAGAGCUCUAACUCGGCGUCAUGGUUGUCGACGGCCUUCCUCCUGACCUCGACCGCGUUCCAGCCGCUUUUGGGCAGAUUGUCCGACACGGUCGGGCGUAAAGGUCCCUACAUCGUCACAGGGACCAUCUUCGCGCUGGCGACUCUUUGGUGUGCACUCGCGCAGAGCAUGACGAGCUUCAUCGCGGCUCGAGCCGUUUGUGGCCUGGGAGCCGGUGGGGUCAUGACCCUGGGCAGCAUCAUCGUCUCAGAUCUGGUGCCUAUCGAGAGGAGAGGUGCCUACCAGUCUUAUAUCAACAUGGUCUACGGAGUCGCCUCGACAUCCGGGGCUGCUCUGGGCGGCUUUCUUGCAGAGCAUCUCGGCUGGCGCGCCGAAUUCGGCAUUCAAGUGCCUCCAUUGUUUCUCUGCGUUGGCAUUGCGGUCAUUACCAUCCCAGGAGACCUCGGACUGGGCUUCCAGGCGCACAAGGAGACGGUGAUGCAGGCAAUGAAGCAGUUUGACUUCAGGGGUUCUUUCUUCAUGACGACCGCUAUCACGUUUUUAAUCCUUGGUCUGAACCUUGGCGGAAACGUCCUCGCCUGGACACAUCCAUUCGUCCUCACAUCGCUGGCCAUCUUUGCCGUGAGCUUCCCGUCAUUCCUCUGGAUCGAACGGUCUGCAUCACGGCCCAUCAUGCCUCUUCGCCUCAUCCAUCAUUCCCCACACGCCAACAUGAUAUUCUCCAACUUCCUCGCCGCCUUCAUAAUGAACGCCAUCCUUUUCAACAUGCCCUUAUACUUCCAAGCUGUACUUCUCACGUCUGCUACCACGAGCGGGCUGUGUCUUAUGGUUCCCACAAUCGCUGCUAGCACCUGUGGCACUGCCACAGGCUUCUUGGUAACCUGGACUAAACGCUUGAAGUGGCCCCUCGUGCUCGGCGCGGUUUUGUUUCUCAUCGGCACGGUUGUCCUAUCGUGCUUGCAGCGGGGUUGGCCGCUUUUCGUCUACCUCAUAUUUCUAGUGCCUCUUUCGAUGGGACAGGGAUUCACAUUCCCUGGUACGUUCAUGGCUGUACUCGCGGCAAGCGAGCAGGCUGAUCAGGCCGUCGUCACCAGCACUUUGAUUCUCUGGCGCAGCAUGGGUACGGUCCUCGGCAUAGCGGGAAGCAGUCUCAUCGUCCAGAACUCACUCUGGAGUUAUCUUGAGACAUACGUCACCGACACCGCAGCACGAGAUGCUGGGAUUCCCGGCGGGAAGGGCGAGGUGAUUGAAAGAGUCAGAGAAAGUGUUGAGGCUAUUGGAAACUUGCGAGGUCUCGUCCUGGAGCAGGUUAUUGCCACGCUUGGGUGA